AUGAAUGAAGAAAUUAAGGUUCAGGGGGAGAAUCAUGUGAUGCAUUUGAUUUCAAGUGCAGACUAUGUGGAGAACAAACUCAAUCAUAACAUUCAAAAUGAGGGGGAAGCUAGAAAUGAUGAAGAACCUCAAGAAACCAAUCCCUCACCAUCUGAUCCCCAAAGUGGGACCCAGUCGUCCUCGAAGAAACGUUCAACUCCCAACAAUGGAACUAUAGAGAGUUACAGGGUACGACUUUUUGCUAAAGGGUUUACCCAAACCUACGUUGAAGAUUAUAAGGAGACAUUUGCUCCUGUUGAUAAAGUGAAUACCAUCAGGGUUUUAUUUUCAAUUGCAACUAAUUAUGAUUGGCCUCUAUAUCAACUUGAUGUUAAAAAUGUAUUUCUGCAAGGCGACCUUGAAGAGUUCCUCAAGGAUAUCCUCAUGAAAAUUCCAAUCUUGUGUGCAAAUUCAUAUAUGUUUGUAAAAAAAGGUGAAAAUGGAAGUGUUGUGGUUCUUGUUUAUGUUGAUGAUAUUAUUGUCAUUAGGGAUGAUGCCCAAGGUAUUAUUCAUCUUAAGAAUGACCUCCACCAUGUAUUCGACCUAAAGGAUUUGGGCAAAUUAAGGUAUCUUUGGGAGUUGAAGGGGCUUAUUCAAACAAGGAUUGAAAAACCAAUUACUAGUUUCUGCACAUUUGUUGAUGGAAAUAUUAUUACUUGGAAAAGCAAAAAACAAAAUGUUGUGGCUCGUUCUAGUACUGAAGCAGAAUAUCGAGUUAUGGCUUCCACUGCAUGUGAACUUAUAUGGCAUAAAGCUCUCCUCCAAGAACUUGGUUUUUGA